CAAGUUUAUCUUUUUAUAUUAUUCCUCGCGUUUUUGUUUUAUUUGUGAUAAAAUCUAUAGUGAUUAUUAAAUGACAAAAUGAAAUCAUUUUUAAUUUUGAGUGUUUUAGUUUAUUUGUGUGCCUUCAAUUCCAUAAGCUGUAUUGAUUUAGGCCUGAAAAAUAUUGUGGACUCGGCGAAAGAUGUUACCUCCGGCCUGGCCAAGGACAUAACCAAUAAAUUGCCCACGGCAAAGGGUCUUUUCGAAACGAGCAAACAAUUGGUGGCUGGUUAUCCAUUUGAGUUUGUAUCGACUUCGAUUAAUAAGAUGUGUUCAUCUGCCCUGUCAUCGCAAUCCGUAACACCCAAAUAUUUGCCGGACAUUAAUAAAAUGCAAUUUCAAUUGAGAACCGCUUGCAAUCGCUACAAUUAUCCCCUACUAAAGGCAAAUGAUAUGUGGACCAGCAAAGAGUUUAAUCCUAAAAAUAAGGUAGUAUUAUUGGUCACCGGUUGGACAACUUCGGUAGAUGAUGAUGAGACCAUAGCUCUAUUCGCUAAGGCUUACAGUUGCCGUGGAGGUGUUAACUUUGUGGCCUUAGAUGCUGCUGGUUUCAUAGAAACCCUUUACUCCUGGUCCGCCUUCAACACCGAGGCCUUGGGCAUGCACAUUGCUGAUGGUUUGAAGCAGCUAAGUGAAAUAGUGCCUGUGGAAAAUAUUCACUUAAUAGGCCAUAGUUUGGGUGCUCAUAUAGUGGGUGCGGCCGGUCGUCAUUUUGAGUUGAAAACCAAAAAGACUAUACCACGCAUCACUGGCUUGGAUCCAGCCAAACCCUGUUUCAAUGAGGGUGAAGCUUUGUCGGGCUUAUUGAGAGGUGAUGCUGAUUUCAUUGAUAUCAUACACACCAAUUCCGGGGUAUUGGGCAAACGUGAUCCCAUGGGUGAUAUUGAUUUCUAUCCAGGCGGUUUGGAUCCUUUGCCACCCGGCUGUGUGGGCAUUUCAUGUGCCCAUGCCAGAGCUUGGGUCUACUAUGCCGAAACCAUUUAUCCCGGUAAUGAGAAAAAUUUCAUGGGCACUCGUUGCAGCUCUUUGACACGUUUGCGUGAGGGUAAAUGCCCCGGCAAGGAGGUGCCCAUGGGUUAUGCCGUGCCCACCGAUGCCAAGGGUAACUAUUUCAUGGAAGUACGCGCUAAUGCUCCUUAUGGUAUGAAUGGCAAUAAACAUGAUCUACUGAAGUACGAGACUUGUGGCGCCUGCGAGGAGUCUGAUAUAACUGGAGAUAAGAAGAAAUCUAAAUAAUGAGAAAAUUUACUUGGAGUUUUUUCCCCUCCCCAGGAGGCAAUUUCUGAUUGAUUGUAUUACUUGGAUUUAUAUUGUGUUUGCCCAAAAAUGUUAAUGUGUGUUUUAUUUGUAUUAUUAUUGUCUAAAUUUUAUGUUUUUGAGGAAAAUUGUGAUUUAAUUGAUUAACUUUGAACUUGUUUGUGAUUUUGAAAUAAAAUUGUCUUGUGUGAAUUAAAAAAACGAAA